AUGGUUGCUCCCAGGAACGCCGCCUACGCGGAGGAGAGCGCAGAGGUGGAGGUGUUGUACGCCAACCUCGAGAAGCUCAAGCUCCUUACGAAGAAGAUUCAAGGCUCGUUGAAUCGUCUGGAAACCGGGGGCAAUGUGGUGAAGCAUGCGAUCGGGCCCAUCUACAGCAAUACCCAAUCGCUACAGAUCACCAACAGCAACAUAGAUAAAGUCAAUGAAGCCAUUGAGCGCCUCCGCCAGCCUCUGGAUGCCAAGGGCAAGGAAGAAGGAAUUAUACGAUCAAGCCCCCAGACCGUCGGUUUGUCGCAAUACCUCUCUGCUGUGAAGCGCGUGGAAAAGGCCUUGGUCGACCUCAACUCAACCAAUCUGCGAUCGAACCAGAAAGCUAUUUCCGAAUUUACUUCAUUGCUGGUGCUUGGAAACUCCCAGCUCCAGGACAUGCUCCGCGGCACUUUGAGCGGUUACGUUAAUCCGAUCGAACCAUUACACUACCUAACAAAAGAACUCUCAUUCCCCUCGCUACCUGAUGAGACCGUCGCGGAGUUGGGUCCAGUAUGUUCGGCUAUCGGCUCUGCAGCGAGCUAUGGGCCGCAGCGGGGUGAUGGCGGAAACCCCGCCCUCAAAAUCUACGCCGAUAUUCGUGGACCAUAUAUCACAUCGAGCUUGCAGAACCUGGCCAUAGCAUCUCUCAAUACUGUCAAACGACGGGCUGCCGACGGCCCCUACAAGCAAGGCACCAACGGUAUCGGAAUCUAUUCCAACGCUUUAGAAAGCUUUAUCUAUGCAGAACAUGAUAUCCUCGUACGCGUCUUUACCGGGGAUCAACGGGGGCUGGCUCUGCAAGCAACUUGUCGCUCCGCUUUGACCGAAUACGCGCAAACCUUGCGCGAGCUCAACCAGUACAUCAGAGCAAACCUCAUGACGGAUUGCUUUUUAGCAUUCGAGAUCAUCGAGAUUGUUACUGCCAUGUCGUACCGUGUGGAGUCGAAAACAGGCGAGUUGAAAAGCCUUUUCAUCGAGGCUCUUAGGCCGGUUCGGGAGACGGCAAAAUCGUCGCUUUCGGAGCUAUUGGAGGAGACAAAACGCAAGGCUGCAGGGAUUGCCAUGCUCCCGCCAGAUGGCGGGUCUGUUCCCCUUGUCAAUGAAGUCAUGAGUUCCCUUACUACCCUGACAGGCUAUUCGGGGCCGCUCGCAUCGAUCUUGACAUCCCUGGGAGAUGGAAAUUGGCGGUCCACGACCAAUGCAGCGCCCACGGCGCCCUUGGAUGUCAGCCCGGACAGCAUGACGCUUUUAUCGCACUUCAUCCUCGAUAUGAUUGAAGCUCUCAUGAUUGCUCUGGAAGCUCGAGGCCGAGCGCUUCACCGCUCAAAGGCAGUCCAGGGUGUUUUCUUGUCCAACGUAUUCUGUACGGUUGAUCGCUCCAUACGGCAGAGUUCUGAGUUAGCCCGAUACCUUGGCUCUCCCGACAGCAUUGCACGAAUCGAUACUUUUCGGAAACGGGCCACUUCGACUUAUCUCGAUGCAUGGAAAGAAACGUCCCACUAUCUUCUGGACGUGCAGUAUACCUCUCGGGGCUCUGGUGGGUCAGCACGACCGGCGUCUGGAGGCGUUGUCGACUCCGCUGCCAUUGUUAAAUCACUCUCCUCUAAAGACAAGGACGCCAUCAAAGACAAGUUCAAGGCGUUCAAUGCUAGCUUCGACGAAUUGGUGGCCCGUCACAAGGCACUGUAUAUGGAGCGGGAGGUCCGCGGGGUGCUCGCCCGGGAGGUCCAGGCUGUUCUCGAGCCACUCUAUGCACGAUUCUGGGACCGCUAUCAUGAGAUCGACAAGGGGCGAGGCAAAUAUAAAUUUGCUGCCAUCCCGCACAACUUUCGCCUCGCCCCUCCUCCGCCUUUCCUCCUUUUUCUCUUCCCUCAAUUCCUUCUGCAAUCCUCUCAAUUCCUCACGGCCAAGAUAAACCGUUUCUCUACCUGGAGACAGCUGUGGCUCUGGCUUGCCGAGGCUGAGAAAGAGCUCGGUUUGCCGAUCUCCGACGAGGCCAUUGAGCAGAUGAAGGCUCACCUCACCAUUCAGGACGACGAAUUCAAGGUUGCCGCUGAGGAGGAGAAGCGCCGUAGACACGAUGUCAUGGCUCACGUCCAUGCCUAUGGUCAGGUCGCUCCUGCCGCUGCCGGAAUCAUCCACUGGGGCGCCACCUCCUGCUACUGCACCGACAACGCAGACCUGAUCUUCCUCCGUGACGGACUCGAUAUCCUUAUCCCCAAGCUUGCUGUUGUCAUUGACAAGCUGUCUGCCUUCGCUAAGCAGUACAAGGACCUGCCCUGCCUGGGCUUCACCCACGGACAGCCCGCUCAGCUUGUUACCGUCGGAAAGCGUGCCUCCCUGUGGAUCCAGGACUUGCUCAUGGACCUGAAGAACCUCGAGCGGGCUCGCGAUGAUCUGCGCUUCCGUGGUGUCAAGGGUACCACCGGUACUCAGGCCUCUUUCCUCCAGAUCUUCGAGGGCAACCAUGAGAAGGUUGAGCAGCUGGAUGAGCUGGUCACCGAGAAGGCUGGUUUCAAGUCUGCGUACAUCAUUUCCGCCCAGACCUACUCCCGUAAGAUUGAUGUUGAUGUUGGCAAUGCCCUUGGCUCUUUCGGCUCGACCUGCGAGCGCAUUGGCAUUGACAUUCGUCACUUGGCCAUGCUGAAGGAGGUCGAGGAACCUUUCGAGAAGGACCAGAUUGGUAGCAGUGCUAUGGCUUACAAGCGUAACCCCAUGCGGUCCGAGCGUCUGUGCUCCCUCGGAAGACACCUUCAGAACCUCCCCAAGGAUGCUCUGGACACCUACUCCGCCCAGUGGUUCGAACGCUCUCUCGAUGACAGUGCUAUCCGCCGUAUCAGCAUCCCCGAACUCUUCCUUUCCGCCGAUGCCUGUCUCAUCCUUCUGAACAACGUCACCUCCGGCUUUGUUGUCUACCCCGAAGUUAUCAGACGCCAUGUCAACGAUGAGCUGCCCUUCAUGGCCACUGAGAACAUCAUCAUGGCCUGUGUGAAGAAGGGUCUGUCCCGUCAGGACGCCCACGAGGAAAUCCGUGUCCUCUCCCACCAAGCCGCCGACAACGUCAAGAAGCUCGGCUUGAACAACGACCUGCUCGACCGUGUCCGUCGCACUGCUUUCUUCGCCCCCAUCCUGGAUGAGCUUGACGCUCUCCUCGACCCCAGCACCUUCGUCGGCCGUGCUCCCCAGCAGGUUGAGAAAUUCCUCUCCACCGAAGUGAAGGAGGCUCUCAAGCCCUACGAGGCCCAGGUCGCCAAGGCCGAGACCUCUGCUCUCUACGUAUAG